AUGCUUGGUAUUAGCGAGGUGGCCAAGCAGUUGGGCGGCCAUGGUAUAGCCGUUCUUGCCCUCGAGAGGAUGGAGUCAGGGAGGACCAUUGACGCUGGCUGGUUGCAGCAGUUUAUAAGGAAAGAUCCACGCCAUGCCUUGCAUGAGGAAAUGAAGAAUGGAUUGAUGCAUCUCUCGACGGAGCAACUCCCCCUAUUCAAUGCCCUGUGCAAUGCUGUCUUGCAGAUGGGUUCUCGUGAUGAGAUUGCUUCUUUUCCUGGUGAUGCCCCCACAGUCUUACUGGGCAAACCUGGUGAAGAGAUGCGAGUGCUGGACCCCCCCAAAUUCAUUGGGGUCGAGUUGGUCUCUGAUGAUGAUUCCUCAGAGGAAGCUGACGAUGGUGGCGACAAGGGGAAGGAGCCGGAGGUCGAGAAGGAAACUGGAUCGACCCAAACUCCAGUCGAGGAAACCAAUGAGAAUCAACCGAUCAAUCCUCCAAACCAAGAUGUUGUACACCUGAUGAUCCUUGAUGAAAACCAAGCCAAGAACUUUCCCAUGUAUGCUAUGGUUUCAUCAGCAAUGAGGAAAUUGGAAAGCAUCCACAACAUCUCUGCAGUAAGGACUCUCGAGAAGGAGAUCCUGGAUGCCGACUCCCUGAUUCUGGAAACAAAUGUAAAUGAAGAGGUGACUCGAUUAAAGAAAGAAAAUGCUCAAUUGAAACGCCAUGAGAGAAUUGGGGUAUCCCUCUGUUUCCUCAAGAAGUUCGAUAUUCUUUCACUUGUCGCGAAGCAGAUACAGGUUAGGACAGAGCGCUCUAUUGCCAAGAUAAAGCUGCUGAAGAAAAGAACCAAAGAAGCCGAGUUUUUCUCGAAGCAGUCUGCCAUUUUGCAGAACAUAUUGGUGAAUCGUGAGAUUCCACUUCCUAUCCUCGAGGACCUGGAUGAAGGUGUUGAAGCUAAAGAGAGGACGGCCCUCGAGGAGUACCUGCUGUAG